AUGGCCUCCACUACAGCUCCUCAGGGGGGGCUUUCACAAGAUCAGCUUUCGACCUUUGAGCGCGAUGGAUACCUCCUCAUUCCCAAUGCACUCGACCAGAAAACCGUCUCCUCCCUCCUCUCCGAAACCCAGUCAAUGCUGGAGAACUUCUCCUUAGAUGAUCAUCCCAUGACAAAAUUCUCGACCGGCGAAGGAGCAGAUGGAGAGCACGUUGGAGAUGACUAUUUCCUAAGCAGCGGAGACAAAGUCCGUUUCUUCUUCGAAGAAGACGCGUUCGAUGCCUCCGGCAAACUCACCAAGCCCAAGUCUCGUGCAAUUAACAAGAUUGGGCAUUACCUCCAUGCACUAUCCCCGCCCUUUGCCGCUCUCCUCUCCCCGUCAUCCACACACUCCCCUGGCGCAAUAGCUCGCUCGCUCGGCUUUCGCGAUCCGCGAUGCCUCCAGAGCAUGGUUAUAUGUAAGCAGCCCGAGAUUGGAGGCGCAGUCCCCUCCCAUCAAGACUCUACAUUUCUAUACACAGAUCCUCCGAGUGCCGUUGGUUUCUGGUAUGCACUAGAAGAUGCCACGGCCGAAAACGGAUGUUUAAGUUUCUUACCGGGAAGCCAUAAGACAGCACCCGUGAAGCAGAGAUUCGCAAGGAAAAGUAAUGGAGCAGGCACGGAAUUUAUUGAUAAUACCGGGAAGCAAUUUCCAGUUGGGGAGGAAUAUGUGCCUAGCGAUGCAGAAGGGGAAUAUAAAAUGGGUGAGGUGAAGGCUGGCACGCUGGUUUUAAUACACGGAAAUUUGCUCCAUAAGAGUGAGAAGAAUGUGAGUCAGAAGGGGAGGAUCAUUUACACAUUUCAUGUCAUUGAGAAUGACGGUGCUGUUUAUGAUGAGAGAAAUUGGCUGCAGCCGCCACAAGAGGGUUUUACAAAGAUAUAA